AUGUCAACGACCUCCCUCCAAUCCUUGCCCAAUUCCUGCUCGUCCUUCUCGACCCAGCCACAAUCUAAACGAAUGCCCCAAUCCCAAACCCCCGGGCUGGACACGCUUGCGGAGGGGUCGCAGUAUGCGCUGGAACAACUCCAGCUAGCACGGGAAGCUGGCACUGCCAACGCCCCAUCCGAUCUCGCCCAAUCGCUCUCUGAUUCCAAAUUGCCACACACCCAACAUCUUCUAUAUAGCGAACAAGACGCCUCGUCCAGUCUGAAAGGGCCACAAUCGCGCGACAGCCUUGCCGAGGCUCGCUCCGCAAUCCGCAAGAACUCAUCUGCCACUCCGGUCCGGCGGAGAAUUAGCCGGGCUUGCGACCAGUGCAAUCAAUUGCGGACCAAGUGCGACGGUCAAAACCCGUGCGCACAUUGUGUUGAGUUCGGACUCAGUUGCGAAUACGCCCGCGAGCGGAAGAAGCGCGGGAAAGCGUCGAAAAAGGAUAUAGCCGCAGCCACUAUCACCACCGACAGCGACCUAGGUGGUAAAGAUAGUGCGACGCAUGCCCAAAGCCAUCCGUCGAAUGGCCAGUCUUUACCAGAAUCUAACGAACGCUACGAUCCGGCCUUUGAUGCUGCGCGCACUCUAACCGAAAGCGCACAAUCACGACCACAUGACACUGAGAUGCCAGGUUUAUCUGGUAUGCGCCAAAAUCAGGCACCCGUUCAAGCUUCUCAGCAGCAGAUUAGCUCUAGCAUGGCAGGUAUGCCAUUCAACCAUUAUGAAGCAUUACAAGAAUCGCAUCGACCGCCAAUGUCCGUACCCGAUCUGCGCUCUAUACAUAUGAUGCAAACCGCGAAUGCAAAUUCUCGGUCGCCCAGCUCGAUGCUUAAUUCUCAAGGCUUUGGCUCGGGCUAUAAUGAUGGCGCAUACCCUCUAAUGAAUUCGCAAGAGGCGAAUUCGACGUCUAUGAACCAGUUCCGCCUUGGAAACUCGGCGGAACAUCCUACAGCUUCAUUUUUAGGGUUUUCUCCGCCAGGUCAAUCACCCAGUUGGUUGCCACUACCUUCUCCGUCUCCCGCCAAUUUUCCGUCCUUCAGCAUGCCAUCUUUCUCUAGUUCGUUGAGAUACCCCGUCUUGCAACCAGUUCUUCCACACAUCGUGUCUAUAAUCCCUCAAUCUCUCGCCUGUGAUCUUCUCGAUGUCUACUUCACCAGUUCAUCUUCCUCGCAUCUUUCUCCGUCGUCUCCAUAUGUGGUUGGUUAUGUUUUCCGCAAGCAAUCCUUCCUACACCCCACGAAACCACGGGCGUGCAGCCCCGGGCUCCUCGCCAGUAUGUUGUGGGUAGCCGCACAAACGAGUGAAGCUGCAUUUUUGACAUCACCUCCCUCUGCCCGCGGGCGAGUCUGCCAAAAGCUUCUGGAAUUGACUGUUGGAUUACUUCGACCACUUAUCCAUGGACCUGCAACUGGGGAGGCAUCUCCCAAUUAUCCCGCGAAUAUGGUAAUCAACGGGGUCGCUUUAGGUGGAUUUGGCGUGUCAAUGGACCAAUUAGGCGCCCAGAGCAGUGCAACUGGCGCUGUGGACGACGUCGCUACGUACGUUCACUUGGCGACAGUCGUUUCCGCUAGUGAAUAUAAGGCUGCAAGUAUGCGGUGGUGGACAGCAGCCUGGUCUCUUGCACGAGAGCUCAAGUUAGGUCGCGAACUGCCGCCUAAUGCAACAACUCGCCAGGACGGCGAACUAGAGGGUGAAGGAGAGCUCGACGUUAACGGCAAGAGGCAGCCGCCCCAGCUCAUGGGUCAUGGUCCUGGCAACUCAGCGGUCAACCUGACAGAAGAGGAACGCGAAGAGCGCCGUCGGAUAUGGUGGUUGCUAUAUGCGACUGAUCGCCAUUUAGCGCUCUGCUACAACCGUCCUUUGACACUUCUAGAUAAGGAAUGUGAGGGUUUAUUACAGCCUAUGAACGACGACAUCUGGCAAACAGGAGACUUCUCGUCGGUUAAUUACCGCCGCGCUGGCCCAUCCUUCGAGUGUACUGGCCACAGCAUGUUCGGAUACUUCUUACCACUGAUGUCCAUCCUCGGUGAAAUUGUGGAUCUGCAACAUGCCCGAAACCAUCCGCGCUUUGGUCUCCAUUUCCGGAACAGUGGUGAAUGGGAAAGUCAGGCAAUGGAAAUCAGUCGACAGCUCGAUGUCUACGCCCAGAGUUUGAAAGAGUUCGAAGCCCGGUUCACGAGCUCUCUCGCACUCGGUCCGGAAAAUGACACUGUUAUGGAGGGCUCCAACCUCAACCAUGUCAGCCCGUCAGGUCGGUCGAGUAGCACCGUGGGAUCGCAUGUUAGCGAGUCCAUCGUCCACACGAGGAUGGUGGUUGCUUACGGCACCCAUAUCAUGCACGUUCUCCACAUUCUGUUGGCUGGGAAGUGGGAUCCGAUCAACCUGCUCGAUGAUAACGACCUAUGGAUUUCGUCCGAAUCGUUCAUCUCGGCCAUGGGACAUGCCGUCAGCUCUGCUGAAGCCGCCUCGGACAUCCUAGAAUACGAUCCCGAUCUGAGUUUCAUGCCCUUCUUCUUCGGUAUAUACCUGCUGCAAGGUAGUUUCCUACUACUCUUGACUGCGGAUAAGUUGCAAGGAGAUGCUAGUCCAAGUGUGGUCAGAGCAUGCGAAACUAUCGUGCGAGCACAUGAGGCUUGUGUCGUGACUUUGAACACUGAAUAUCAACGAACUUUCCGGAAAGUGAUGCGCUCAGCUCUUGCCCAGGUUCGUGGCCGUCUUCCGGAAGACUUUGGUGAGCAGCAGCAGCGCAGGCGUGAAGUACUGGCCCUUUACCGCUGGAGCGGGGAUGGCAGUGGACUUGCGCUGUAG